AUGGCGAAAGGUCCAACGGUCAAGAGGAGAAGGCUCAGUCCCCCCGACGAUGGGGGUAAGGCAGGCUCCCGCAGUAAGCGCGAUAUCGCCAGCAAUGCUGCCGAAUGGGACGUUGAGCAAGACUACGAACAGCGCCCACGGAAAUCGAAUAAAAACGCCAACGAACAGACCCGACUGCCUAUAAAAACCUCAGAGGGGUUUGUCCAAGCGGUGGAGGAAGAGGUGGAUGAAGAAGAUGCCGGAGAGGAGACCGACAGCUUUUUGGGAACUGACGAUGAGGAGAUGGAAGACGCAUCUGGGGAAUCCGAAGAAGAGGUCGAGGAGAAAAAGCCUAAGGUCCCUAUCAAGCUGCAGAUCAUUCAAGCUAAGGAGGACCUGGCCCGUAUGGCUGGCCUGAUCAACGAGGACCCGGAAGAGCACAUAGCCCUGUUCAAGACAAUGGCGGAGAUGGUGGAUAACCCGGACUCGCCUGUUACAGUCAAGAAAUUGGCCUUGGCAGCGCAGGCCGCUGUCUACCGAGACGUCAUUCCUGGCUAUCGAAUUCGGCCUAUCAGCGAUGAAGAAAUGUCGGGCAAGGUCUCGAAAGAAGUGCGCAAGCUUCGCAAUUUCGAGCAAGGUUUGGUCUCUGGAUACAAGCAGUACGUCCAGAAGCUAGCCUUGUUGGCGAAGCCCAGGAGAGGCUCCUCUGAGGCUGAGGCAAGUCUGAAGAGCAUGGCGAUCAACUGUGCCUGCACUAUGCUCGAGGCCGUUCCCCAUUUCAACUUCCGGAGCGAAUUGCUCAAGAUUAUUGUCAACCGAUUGGCCCGUCGACAGGUUGAUGCGGAUGUGGCUAAGUGUCGAGAGACGAUUGAGGAUGUUUUUGCGAAAGAUGCGGAUGGAAUUGUCUCGCUCGAAGCCGUUCGUCUUCUCUCAAAGAUGAUGAAGGCUCGCGAUUUCAAGAUCCACGAGAGUGUCCUGGAUACAUUUCUGCACCUACGUCUCCUAGGCGAGUUCUCUAUGAAGGCUUCCCAACACCGCGUUGAUCAUGAAUCUGAUGAUGAGCCGACUCAUGGCAAGAAGCCGAAGCAAAAGCGCGAAUUUCGGACGAAGCGUGAGCGCAAGUUGCAAAAGGAGCGUAAGAUUGUGGAGAAGGACAUGAAGCAAGCAGAUGCCCUGGUCUCACACGAAGAACGCGACAAGAACCAAGCCGAAACCCUGAAGGCCGUUUUUGGAAUCUACUUCCGUAUUCUCAAGCAGCGCAUUCCAUGGCUCAUGGGACCCGUGCUCGAGGGUUUGGCCAAGUACGCUCAUCUCAUCAACCAGGACUUUUUCGGUGACUUGUUGGAGGCUCUCAAGGAGCUUGUGACACAUGCUGAGCGCGAUGAGCUCAAGGAAGGGGACGAAAACGAAGAAGAGGAAGAAGACGACCAAGAUGAAAAUGACGUUUCAGAAUCGUCCGCCCGCGAUGCUCGUCGUGAGACGUUGUUGUGUACAGUCACGGCCUUCGCUCUUCUUGAAGGCCAAGAUGCCAGCAAGGCCGCAACAUCAUUACAUCUUGACCUCGGAUUCUUCAUCAAGCAUCUGUAUAGGUCCUUGUACGGCCUCGCUCUCAACCCCGAUGUCGAGUACAACCCUGAUACUUCCCUCCGACUUCCAGAUCCCAAUGCUCCAGAAGAAUCCACCCGUAUCCGCUCAAAGAACAAGGUCAAUUUCCAAACACCCAUGGUUCUUCUCCUUCGCUGUCUCCAAUCGACCUUGCUUUCCCGGGCACACGGUGUUCCGCCGCCAGUCCGACUUGCCAGCUUCUCAAAACGUCUCAUGACUACUUCCCUUCAACUUCCCGAGAAAUCUGCGAUUGCAACUCUGUCCCUCAUGAACCAAGUUUCCAAGCACCACGCCCGCCGGAUUGCUCCUUUAUGGAACACAGAUGAGCGCAAGGGCGACGGGGUCUUCAAUGCUUAUUCAAAUGAUGUAGAACGAACAAAUGUCUAUGCCGGUUCCGUUUGGGAGGGCGAGCUGCUGCGCCAGCACUACUGCCCUCAAGUCCGCGAUGCCGCGAUCGACAUCGAGAAGUUGAUGGCUGCAUCUAAGUAA